GCAGCCCCCGAUCCGACGGCCGCCCCGGCCGAGUUUGGGGUCGCUGCGACCAACCCCGGGGCGCGAUCGGCCCCAUCGGCGGUGGGGACGGCGCCGCUUGAGCCCGGCUCUAGUGGGGAUGCGGCGAGCCGGAUCCGCGGAUAAGAAACAUGGGGUUAGUAAAGCUAUGACGCUGCGGCCGGGAGCGUGCCGGGCGUCAGCCCUCAUCGUAAUUUCGCUCGUUGUUACGAUAGUGAGUGCCAGGGAUGGAAAGGCUUGCGGGGGUUGCCCCAACGCCUUCAAAGAGUACAAAUGCAACUGCACCGGCCUGAAAGGCGCUCAGGGAGCAGAAGGAAUAAGAGGAAUGCCAGCGAGGCGCGGGGACUACGGAGAUGUCGGUUUCCCAGGUCCUUCAGGUCCAAAGGGCGAAAAAGGAUCCGACGGUGAAUACGGAGGAAACGGAGACAAAGGCUACAGGGGAGACUCGGGACACCAAGGAAUGACAGGUCUACCAGGAAGGCCGGGCGAGACCGGUGAAUCAGGAGUACGAGGUUCUGCAGGUCUUGAUGGAUGCAAUGGAACAGACGGAGCUCAUGGAGUCGGCGGCACGCCAGGACGACAAGGCCCCAGAGGUUUACCGGGUCCCGAAGGUCUAAGAGGACCCAGAGGAGAGGCCGGAGACGGAGGAGGCAACUCGAUGGGAGUGAAAGGAGAGAUGGGAAUUUUCGGUAUCGACGGACCGCCUGGUUAUCCGGGACAACAAGGACCUCUCGGCCCGCCUGGGUACAGAGGAUCGCCUGGAUAUCCGGGACUUGCUGGAGAGGCUGGUCUUAGAGGACCUACUGGAGAUCCAGGAGACCAGCAACCCGGCGCUCCAGGACAACGUGGUGACGAAGGAGACCAGGGUAUUAAAGGAGAAAAGGGAGAAGGUUUUAACAACCGGUCGCACACUGGUUUAAUUAAUGUAAUCAACGCGAAAGGAGAACCUGGUGAUGUAGGCCAAAAGGGAGACCAAGGAGAUUAUGGAAGAAAAGGAUACGUAGGAGACAGAGGUUUACCGGGAAUACCCGGUUUAAAAGGAGGGACUGGUUUCAAAGGAGACUUCGGCGACGACGGACCUUUCGGUAAACAAGGACGACAGGGUCCCCGCGGUCCUCCCGGCGAUAAAGGAGACAAAGGCGCGCCAGGAUACGAAGGAGAAUACGGUCGAGACGGUUUCAAAGGAGAAAUCGGCGAGUCCGGUAACCCGGGUAUUCCAGGUACCCAAGGUAAAGAAGGUCCGAAGGGAGUGUACGAUCCUCUGUACGACGAACCCGCCAAAAUGGGCAGCGUUGGAAGACAAGGACCCGAAGGAUUCGUGGGACAGCGCGGAAUCGCCGGUGUUCCCGGUUACCCCGGCGAAGCCGGACCAAUCGGCGAACCUGGACCACCAGGUCCCCACGGCAAUCCCGGUUUGCCUGGUUUAAAAGGUUUGACCAUAAAAGGAGAACGAGGUCUUGACGGUUUGCCAGGUAGACCGGGCAACACCGGCCCUCCGGGACCCGUGGGACAAAUGGGGCCGAUAGGAGAAAAGGGUUACGCCGGUGAAACGGUGUUUGGAUUACCGGGUCGGUCCGGUAUUCCAGGACUUCCGGGUUACGACGGACCGCCGGGCGACCGAGGAGAUUCUGGAGAUCCCGGAUUCAAAGGUUUCCCCGGCAAAGGACAGCCGAUUCGAGGACCACCAGGAGAACCCGGUCAACGAGGUUCACCCGGAUUUUCUGGAGAUCCAGGAUAUCAAGGUAUGGAUGGUUUACCGGGAUUCAAAGGACGAAGAGGAGACGAUUGCGGAGUAUGCAGACCUGGUUUACCGGGGACAAAAGGAGAACAUGGUGACGGCGGACGUCACGGUAGACCAGGAACAAUAGGAUACCAGGGUCUACACGGACCUAGAGGUCCAAAAGGUCCGGACGGAAAACCAGGCCUUAUGGGUGGAAUGGGAUUAGACGGGACACCAGGAACUGACGGAUUAGAAGGGGUUCCAGGUCCGGACGGAUACCCUGGAAUAUUGAUUUAUCCUCCAGGAAGCCAAACUAAACCGGAAUCUGCCGAACCUGGAGAUGAAGGAUAUCCUGGCCCUAUCGGGUUACAAGGUUUACCGGGUUUGAAAGGCAUGCAAGGAGACGUAGGGCCCACCGGUCUUAAGGGAAUAAUAGGAGACAUUGGCGAACCUGGAAUGCCGGGAAGGGAAGGACAUGACGGGUUACCUGGAUAUCCGGGUGCAAAAGGAGAACCUGCACCGAUACCGAAGGCUUUACUUAUUGGUGAUAGAGGUUUACCAGGACACAAAGGGGACGCUGGUGAACCAGGAGCACCCGGAGAAAGAGGUUUUCCAGGAACGCUUGGAACCCUCACAGACCGGAGAGGAGAACGAGGAGACAAAGGUGUAUCGGGAGAUAUAGGAUUCGACGGCCGUCCAGGUCAAAAGGGUUUCAAAGGAGAUCAAGGAUUCCCCGGGUUUCAGGGUCUUCCCGGUCAACAAGGUACAUCUUUCGAAGGACCCGUAGGACUUAAGGGCUACCCAGGAAUAAUAGGAGAUCAAGGUUUAACCGGACCGAGCGGAAAACCAGGUCAACCAGGACUGGACGGAACUCCCGGAAUUCCAGGACCCAAAGGAGAUCGUGGUGAUAGAGGAUUGGCAAUAUUGAACGGAGAAAUCGGUUUACCCGGUCCUGCGGGAACGAAAGGUGAACCUGGAGAUUUCGGUCCUGACGGAAGGCCGGGAACGCCCGGUAGGCCCGGUUUCAAAGGAGAUAAAGGAGUAAAGGGAGCGCCAGGAUAUUAUGGCGCCCCUGGUUUGGCCGGAGCUAAAGGGCAAAGAGGUGUAAUGUUACAAGGUUAUCCAGGAAAAGAAGGAGCACCAGGUCAACCGGGUUAUCCUGGUCAAUUUGGCGACGUCGGACUUAAAGGAGAAGAAGGUCCUCCGGGACCCUUGGGUUUACCGGGAGCUCGGGGUGAACCAGGAUUCGAAGGACUCCGAGGACCUCAAGGAGACGAAGGUCCAUUAGGGUAUCCAGGACACAGAGGUUCCGAUGGAUUACCAGGUAUUCCAGGGGCCACAGGAGAAAGAGGAAGCAUCGGUUUUCCCGGUCCUAGAGGUCCCACAGGAAUUAAAGGUUUAUACGGAUACGUUGGCAACAAAGGAGAAAGAGGAGAUAUGGGUUAUCAGGGAAGUAUCGGUUUCCAAGGGGAACCUGGAUUGCCUGGACCAAGUGGAGAUGACGGACUUCCCGGUUGGCCAGGAGAAAAAGGAGAAAAUGCCAUUAGCGGUGCCAAAGGAGAUUACGGAGAACCGGGUCUUCCGGGCCCCGCAGGAUUCGAUGGUCGACCAGGAAUACCUGGAUUGCCUGGUUUACCAGGAGAUGCGGGUAUAGACGUGGAGGGCCCAGUAGGAAUUAAAGGAGAAUCAGGAGAACCUGGAAGACACGCUUAUAAUGGUAUACCUGGACCAAAAGGAGAGAAAGGAAAUCACGGUUCAGUAGGCUACCCAGGAGAAAUUGGUGACAAGGGAAUACACGGCUACGAAGGAGUGCCGGGUAUUAACGGUAUUCCAGGUUUUAAAGGAGGUAGAGGAGACACCGGAUAUGCAGGUUUCAACGGCACCAAAGGAGAAAGAGGCAUUGACGGGGAUCCAGGAUUAAUGGGUCGUCCUGGUAUGCCUGGAGAUAUGGGUUUCCCCGGUCUAUCCGGACUUACUGGACAGAAAGGUCACAAAGGUAACAAAGGUUUGCCUGGAUUCGCGCCUUACGGUUUCGCCGAGAAAGGAGACAUCGGAGAUUAUGGUAGAGAUGGCAUGAUAGGAAUAAAAGGUAUCAGAGGUGAUGAUGGAUAUCCCGGACCUAUGGGUGUAAAAGGAGAACAAGGAGACUAUGGACUCCCCGGCUUAAGAGGAGAACCGGGUUAUCCAGGACUAUCGGGAAUCAGAGGUGACGAAGGAUUUGUUGGAAUGCCAGGUAUUCCAGGGCAAAACCCAGAACCUGGUGACAGAGGCAUACCGGGAUAUGACGGCUUGCCUGGACGCUCAGGACGACCGGGACAAAAAGGAGCCCCUGGAGAUUUCGGAUCGGAUGGUCCGACUGGUCGAGCGGGAAUUCCUGGAUUAGGCAUGCCAGGCGUUAGGGGUAAACCCGGCGAAAACGGUUUACCAGGAUUAGAAGGUAAACCAGGAUCAGAAGGACGACCAGGAGUACAAGGAAGAUUAGGACCCCAAGGUCAAAAAGGAUUAGUCGGUGAUUACGGUUAUUCCGCUUACAGUGCAAAGGGAGAGCACGGAGAGCCAGGUUUCAGAGGACCUCCGGGCUUCAACGGAACAAAAGGAGAACGCGGGGACUCCGGCUUGAACGGUAUACCAGGACCUCGGGGUCCCGGCGGUUUGAAAGGUUUCCCUGGCAACUUUGGACUCGACGGUUUACCAGGAUUCCCGGGAUUGAAAGGAACCAAAGGAGACCAAGGAGAUUGGGCGGAAAGCGCCCUUCCCGGCGAACCCGGCGAAAUCGGUUUGCCCGGUUUCAACGGAACGCCCGGCUUGCAAGGCUUACCGGGAGCCCGAGGAUUGCCUGGGGCUCAUGGCAGGAAAGGCGAACAAGGCGACCACGGUCUCGCAGGAAUACCCGGCUUAAACGGGCCCAAAGGGGCGCGCGGUGCGCCGGGAUUCGCAGGACGGAUGGGCGCGAAGGGUUAUCGAGGAUCUGUCGGAGUGAAAGGAGAAGCGGCUCCGCAAUACGCGGCCCCGCAAAGUAGAGGUUUCUACUUCACCAGGCAUUCCCAAUCGGAAAUCGUUCCGGUGUGUCCCAGAAAUACGGUCAAAAUGUGGGAUGGUUAUUCACUGUUGCAUAUAAUGGGCAACGAAAAAGCGCUAGGACAAGAUUUGGGCGCUCCUGGAAGUUGUCUGCGAAAAUUCAACACGAUGCCUUUCUUAUUCUGUAACAUCAACGACGUUUGCGAUUACGCUCAAAGCAACGAAUACAGUUACUGGUUAUCUACAACCGAAGCUGUCCCAAUGAGCAUGACUCCAAUCGACGCUCAGAACGUCCAACGAUACAUAUCGAGAUGCUCCGUAUGCGAAGCCCCGACUAGAGUCAUCGCAAUUCACAGUCAAACCGCCGAAAUCCCGCAAUGCCCCAACGGCUGGGAAGAAGUCUGGGUGGGCUACAGCUUUUUGAUGCACACCGACGCCGGCGCCGACGGCUCCGGCCAGUCGCUCGUCUCGCCCGGCUCCUGCCUCGAGGAGUUCCGCCCCAAGCCGUUCAUCGAGUGCCACGCGCACGGCCGGUGCAACUACUUCACCACCGCCGUGUCCUACUGGCUGGCCACCAUCGAAGACUACGCCAUGUUCCGCAAGCCGCGCCCGGAGACCCUCAAGUCCGGCUUCACGCAGAAGAUCAGCCGGUGCUCGGUGUGCCAGCGGAGGCGCGUGCAGCUCGCCCGGCGCGUCGAGGUGCCCAGCGAAAUCAACAGGCACCCGCAGCCCUACCGGCCGACGUACCGCCCGACCUACCAGCCGUCUUAUCCCGGCCGCAGGCCGACGAUCCAGCCGCGGAACGGCGGCUACUCGGCCAGCCCGAGCUACAGACAUCUCGCGACCGGCGACAGACACCGGCGGCCCGGGCACAGGAGGCGCAGGCCGCACGUCUACCCGACCCCGUAAAUUUUCAGUGCCAUAUUCUAAUGUAAUUAAUGUACAGUAUAUACCUAUUUAAAUUUAUACGUUUGUAAAAAUAAUAGAAUUAUGCAUUGCUCGAGCGCCAGUUCUCGCUGGUUCGUUUUGUAGGUUUAAUUGAACAUUUUGUAGCGAGCUCUGAAGCUUGUUGGAAAAAGUAACAAAACUCGGUGCUAAAAUUGUAUACUACUAUAAGAUUUUUCUAUAACUCAAUGUGAUUCAUUAGUAAGCGUGUGUAUAGAGUUAUAAGCACUGCCAAUGUAUGUAGUUUGUUAUAAAUAAAAUAAAUGCUCCUGUACAUGCAUUUCAUUUCGAAUAAAUCACGAAUUUAUAAAAAAAUGUUUUAAUUGAAAAUU